AAUGAAGUAAUCACGUAAAAUUUAGUGUAAAAUUUGGAGAAUGAAUACAAGGAAUUUAAAUUGUAAAAGUGUAUAAAGAUUCUUCUUGAAGAAAUGGUGUUUAAGUUGAGAAAAUAAUUAACAAGCACGUUGAACAUUUAAUGUUCAAAUAAACAAAAACAACAAAAACAACAAUAGCAGCAGCAGCAGCAGCAGCAGCAAGAACAACAACAACCUAGGAAUCAAAACACCGAUGUCAAACACUCUAUUAUGCACGGUAUAUACAGUUCUUUGUCUUUGCACAUGCGCAAAGAGUGCAUGUACACCAGAGUCUGUGAAAGAUGACCUUGACCGAUGUUUAAGGUACAAUCGAUUGUUAGCGGACUACAUGUUCCCAAUUGUCAACGCUACAGACUACAGGAAUCUUUGUUUUAACACUACGUGCCUAACGUAUUGUAUGGAACUUGUAGCGGAACCAUGUAUGUCACAUGAUCACACUAUUCACAUUGGUAACGGUGACGCAUUGACGGCCGCGUAUCUAGGACUGUGUGACCAGAUCGAGUCUGAGGUCACGGACGCUUUAACUUGUGGUAGUACGGUUUCGGACCAGGACGUCUGGACCGCAAUAAGAACGUUCCAGACUUCACUUGAAAAAUCCUAUGCGGCUAGCACUGAGAAUACAACAGUAAUCUGCUCGGAAUGGUUGACCCUUAAAGGGACAUUAGACACUUUGAUAACUGCAGCGUGUUCAGGGAAGUCUGAAGAACACUGGGACAAAUUUUUAAAUACAGUCUUUCACAAGUGUGACGAUAAUCAAACAGAAACAUGGUACACAUCCUAUAGACAAACAACAAACAACAGGUGUUCUGGAAGUGGACUACUAUUUCCUAAUAUAUACUUUAUACUGUUGUAUCUGACAAUAAUUUUAUAUGCUAAAAUGUUCAUAAUGUAACAGUUAUUACAAAUAUAAAAAAACCCGGACAUUGUGUUUUACAUUAACAACAAGCGUGGCGAAUGUACAAAUAGUUAAAAAUAUUACUUUGAUUUUGUUUCU